CAAGUUUUACUUGAACUGCUUUUAAGCUUAGCCAAACAAGGUCGAAAGACAAUCCUAGUGAAACAUCAUAAUUGACACCCAUGCGGCAGCUCCGACUGAGCUCUGAUCUACGCGUAUAUGCACACAGAGGCACACGGAAACAUGCAUUGGGGGAGUUUGAUCAACCGGGCAUCUCUUGUCUUUCUUGGUCUUGCCUUGUUGUUGUACUACAGACAUCUUCCUGCCAAAAAUAUUGCCCAAGAAUCCCCAAAUUCCAUUUAUGAAUUCACUGUUAAGGAUGUUCGUGGAAAUGAUGUGCCAUUGACCAAUUACCAAGGGAAGGUUCUUCUCAUUGUGAAUGUUGCUUCAAAAUGUGGUUUAACACAGUCAAAUUACAAAGAGUUAAAUAUUUUGUACGAGAAGAAUAAAGACCAAGGUUUCGAAAUAUUGGCAUUUCCUUGCAAUCAGUUUGCCUGGCAAGAACCAGGAACUAAUGAGGAAAUUCAAGAAGCCGUUUGCACAAGGUUUAAAGCAGAAUUUCCAAUUUUCGAAAAGGUUGAUGUUAAUGGGAAUAAUGCAGCCCCUCUCUACAAGUUCUUAAAAUCGGAAAAAGGCGGUUUGCUUGUAGAUGCUAUCAAGUGGAAUUUUACUAAGUUUCUGGUGAACAAGGAAGGAAAAGUUGUGGAGAGAUAUGGUCCUAGGACCCCACCUCUUGAAAUCGAGAAAGACAUUCAAGAUGCUUUGGGCUUAUCUUGAGUACCCGGACUUAAAGGUGUUAUCCUGGAACUUCCUCGUGUGCAAUAUUUGGAGUUUUAUCUUUAUAUGGUUUACUUUCAAGAAUUCAACUCUAGACCCUGAAGUCCUUUCUUCGUUAGUCUUGUUCAUGUGAAAUACGUAAAUCUUUGUUCUCUUUUCUACUCAUUCUCAAUGUUAUAACUUCUUGAUUCCAAAGAAUUAAAUGCAGUUGGAUUUGAGGAUAAGAGAACAAGGCUUAAUGUUAAAUGUGUACUUGUGCAAAAGCUACAAAAUCAAAACACACCACAAAAUUCAUCUUUU